CCUAAGUGGGGUUUCUCCCUCUCCCUUGAUUUUCUUUUUUUUGAUCCCACCUUCCAAAACUCCUCCUCCUUUCCUUCCCUCUCUUUUGGUGUUGAACCCUCAGCUGUGCUUUCAUUUCCUUGCUGAACGAAUGUCCCUAAAGUCAUAAAAAUCUCCUCCGGCGUGGCGCUUUUUGGGGAUCAUCUGCGAGCCGAUGGGGUAUCAGAGGAACGGGGGGCGCAGUCUGGGAGGGGGAGGAGGGAGAGGAGGUGUUGCUGUUGUGAGGUGUUCAUGUUCAGAAGAAGAGGUGAAGAUUUCCUUCAAGAGUGUAGGUGAUGACCGGCGGCUCAGAUUGGUGUUUGGCCGGCGCUGGUUCGACGGACUACUUGUGCCUCUGCUAUAUAGGUUUUGGUCUAAACCCUCGAAGGACGGCGAAUCCUCCCGCCUGUCCACCGCCUCCAUCAGCAGUGAUGAGCGCGCUUCUUCAGAUUCACCCUACAACUCAUCCGAGCCGCCGCCGCCGGGCCAGCGACCGCUGAGCCAAAUAACAUGCUCUUCCAGCGAUGACAACAUCGCCCCCCCUCAGCUUUCUGCCACAUCUUCAAGCCCAGAACUGAACCAGAACCAAAUCCCCGGUGGGGGCAAAGCCGACACUGAGGGGCUGAGUCCUGAGCCUGGAGGGGAGGACAGGAAGACAUUCAUUUACAACCAAAACAACAACAACAAAGCGUGGAUAGCGAACCGUUCCUCAAAUCGCAGGCAGUCCGCCUCGCCCUUCAUCAGAGCCACCAUGGCACCCAACCCCAAUCUGACCUACCUCGAUCGGGUCAUCAUGGAGAUCAUCGAAACGGAGAGGAUGUAUGUCAGAGAUCUGCUCAUCAUUGUGGAGGAUUAUCUGGCCUGCAUCAUUGAUCAUCCUAAACAGUUGAUCCAUCCCGACCAGGUCUGUGCUCUUUUUGGGAACAUAACAGACAUCUAUGCGUUUAACAAUGAGCUGCUGCAGGACCUUGACAUGUGUGAAAACGACCCUGUUGCAAUUGCCAGGUGCUUUGUCGAAAAGAGGGAAUACUUUGACAUCUACACUCAGUACUGCACCAACUACCCGAACUCUGUCGCAGCACUAACAGAAUGUUUAAGGGAUAAGUCAACAGCCCAAUUUUUUAGAGACCGCCAGGCAUCAUUAAAACGCACGCUACCUCUGGGUUCUUACCUACUCAAACCAGUUCAAAGGAUCCUUAAAUACCACUUGUUGCUUCAAGAGAUCGCAAAGCAUUUUGACCCUGAAGAGGAAGGUUACGAGGAUGUGGAGGAGGCCAUCAAUACCAUGACAGGGGUGGCCUGGUACAUCAACGACAUGAAGAGGAAGCACGAGCAUGCCGUUCGGCUGCAGGCUAUAAAGCGCACCUGUGUACAAGCCGCACCCACGCAAUUACAGGAGGAGGUCCAGUCCUUGCUGCUGAACUGGAAAGGUCCGGAUCUGGCUUCCUAUGGAGAACUGGUUCUGGAGGGGACCUUCAAGGUUCAUCGGGCCAAAAACGAGAGAACACUCUUCCUGUUCGACCGCAUGCUGCUCUUUACCAAACGCCGUGGAGAACACUACGUUUACAAGACGGACAUACCUUGCACCACUCUGAUGCUGAUUGAGAGCGCCAAAGAUUCCCUGAGCUUCAGUGUCACAAAGUACAAAAACCCUAAACAGCCUUACACUGUUCAGGCCAAGACAGUGGAGGAGAAAAAACUUUGGGCUCAUCAUAUCAAACGCAUCAUUGUGGAAAACCACCAUGCUGUCAUCCCUCAAAAGGCAAAAGAGGCCAUUCUGGAGAUGGACUCCAUCUAUCCAUCCAAGUAUCGGUUCAGUCCUGAACGUCUGAAGAAAGCUGGUAACUCGCAGUCUGACGAAGCUCGUCAAGGCCGUUUCCAUACUGAAGCCAACAAAAAAAUGCAAAAAAACGGCAAAGCAUCUAAAGAGCUCUCGGACGGUGAAGGCGGCGGGUGCUCACUGUGGCUCGCUGAAAGUAGCGGCACGCUGGACUCCAGCAGCCUGGGGGAGUCUGACGGCGACCAGCUCGUCCAUGAGGAAGAGCAGGAAGAGCUGGGCGGUGGGAAGGACUCACAUGAACUGCAGCUGAGGUGCAGCGAUGAAGAAGAAGAGGAGGGAGAGUUUCUGCUGGAGGAUGAGCAGGUAGAGGACUUUGCCAGCUCUGUGCUGGCUGCCAUCUCCUGCUGGCACUACACGGUCCAGGCCUUCCUUUCCUCUGCGGGGACGGAGGCAGACAAAGACAGAAACUUAUCAACCAAAAGAAGUGGUCAACUUGCAGAGGAGGCAACGCCUCAGCAGAGCCCUGCAGAUACAUUGCCUCAGGAAAAGACACUUGAACAGACGGUAAACUCUGAGGAAAAGCCGCACCCCAAUCUGGAUCCCCCCAGGAACUCGCAGUCACCUCCAAAGCCAGAAGCUGUGAAAGAGGAAGAAGCGAAACCUGCCACACCCGAUUCCGACUCCAAGACCCUGAGCAGCGGGGAGUCCUCUGAAGAUGAAGAGGAAGAAGCAGAUGAGCACAUGUCCCCUAGUAUACUCCCAUCCUCUGUCCUGGACAAGGCCAGUGCCAUUGCUCAGCAUUUCACCAGUAGCAUUAAGCGAGGCAACCAGGUUCAGGACGAGACCCGCUCCAUUGGCUGUCCCUCUCCCCGGUUACCCAGCAGGGCCGCCAGCUGCCUGAGCCUCGCCACUGAGUCCGCAGACCAGCUUCCACGACUCAACAGCAUCUCCUCGGAUACUGCAGAAACAGUCAGUGGGACAGAUUUGACUCUGAUGUCUCCUCGAGAAGACAAAGUCUUCGAUUUAGACCGAAGUAUCCGCAGGAGGAGGGACUCCACUCUGUCCAAACACGACCAGCUUCUCAUCGGGAAAAUCAAGAACUACUACGAAAGUGCUGGAAGCCAGGACUCCACUUUUAGCCUGCGCCGCAGGGAGAGCCUGACGUACAUCCCGUCUGGACUGGUCCGGAGCUCCGUCAGCCGCUUUAACAGUGUCCCAAAUGAAGAAGGAGUCCCAACUUCAACUUCAUCCAACUCUCUUGAUGGUCUGUCAGCAGACUCGACCACUACUUUCCCUGAACAGCCUCGGACCCGUAUGGUUUCCUGUCACUCUUUGGAUUCUUUAAGAUCCGAACAGCUAAGCACAGACUCUGGGGAACAUUCCAGGUCCAGGUCGCAUGAUAAUCUGACUGAAGAAGAAGAGUUCAGACCUUCAUCUCAAAUAAUUCAAGUCUGGAAGGAGAUGGAACAACAGAUCUGCAAAUCUCAAACUGAAGCCGGAGCCUGUGAUCAACCUAAAGAAGCUUUAAAAGCCUCCAGAGAGAACAGCAUCCGCAGCUGUAACCUAACCAAAACCAGAAACUCGUCUGACCUCCCACCCGCUGAAGUAGACUCUGCAAGUCCUUCUUUCUCCAAAACACUAGGGGUAAACCGCUCCAGCAGCCUGAAGAAGACCCUGAAAGUUUUUGGAGAAGAGGCGGUGCACCUCAGGGCCACAGUUCCUCGAGUCGGAAAGCUGAGGGCGGAGGAAGAUAGGACCCAACCCAGCGAGAACUCAGAGCAGACAGAGGAAACGGACAAAGCGCAGAGUAAAGUCCUCCAGCUGGCCCGACGAUACAGCCAGAAAAUCAAAUCCACCCAACCUGAAGUCCAACAACAGAGUCAGAGCAACCUCAUCCGCAAGACGAGCUUAGCCCGUGUGGUGGAGGAGGAGAGUUCAGACCAGGUCCUGUGUCCUGAUGUGGGAUCUACCGGCAGCUCCAGGGGCAUCUCACAGAGCCGGGUGUCCUCCCGUAGCCCCCUCAGCCCAUCUCCCUCCACUGAGGGAUUCAGCUGGCCCGACGUCUGUGAACUCCGCUCCAAGUACUCCAACCAUGGUGACUCCUUAAAGGGUUCUGUAAGCCGGAGUGGCUCAGUGGGGGAGCAGAUGUUCGACAGAAGUAUGAGAAGGUACUCCAACAGCCUCCUCAGUGACGUCAUCGGCGUCGAGGACCCCAAACACCAGGCUAGUUUCGAAGCUGGCCAGUAUGAACCCAACAAACGGCUCCACAGAGCCAAUUCUCUCGAUCCUCGACUCAGCAAAGACCAAAUGACGGAGCUGCAGAGGCUCCAGGAGAAGGCUGCUAAUGGUGACCACAGUGGUUACUACAUUGCAGCUGAGGCACCACGAACAGGUGACCCCAACCACAAAAUCAUUGUCGUGGAGAAGCUUCCAGAGCCAGAAGAAACUAACCAACCUAAAGAGGAAGACGAUGGUGGCUACGUUCAGAUCCGUUCACCAACCAGCAGAGAGAAGAUCUCCAUCAUGGCAGUAAUCGACCGCUGCCGGGCCUAUCAAGAGUCCGACGACUAUAAACACAGAGAGGAGACAAAAGCAAAAACCGAGCCGGCGAGAUCUCAAGAACCGGACAAGAUGCCAGCGGCAUUGACCAAACAGGCGGAAUCCCAGAAAACCAGGCAGAGCUCCGGACAGAGCGGCCAGCAGAGCAUGGUGAAGAAUCUGAGAGAAAAGUUCCAGAACCGCAGCUGAGAGCCCAAAAAGACCAACAUUUUAACUCAUAGCUAACCAAACAACAUUUUCCACAGAUAGAUUUUUAGGAACUGAUGGAGACGAUGUCAGUCAUUUCAUGAGAGAUUUAUAUUUUUAGACAGAAAAUGGUGCGUGGUCUCACAAAAAUAGCACAAAAAAUAGCACAAAACCCAAAACCUUCAUUCUCAAACCUCUAAAGGAGAGUUUGUUUUUAUUUUGUAGAUGGAUGAUGACAUGUAGUGAUAUAAAUAUUAAAACGCCUUGUCAUAACUUCACUUUCUUUGCAUUACCACUUAGUGAAUCUUUCAACAAGAUUAAUUGUUGAGCAAAAGCAGAAAACUGAAUAAAAAGCACCUUUUUUUUUUAUUGGUACCGCCUGCUUGAAUAUUUAAUUAGCGUCAACCUUUUGAGAUUUUCUCUCUGUGAAAGAAAGCUGGAAUUCGCUGUUCCCUAUACUCCCCUAUGUGACUUAAACUACUUUUAAAGCCACAUUCUUGAGUAAAAAUGGAUUUAAUGAAGAGCUAAAAUUGAUGUGUACCGUUAGGUGAAUCGUGGAAGAAAAAACCUUUCAGAGCUCACGUGAUAUAUUUUUUUUAUUCUUUGAACAAGUAAUGACUAUUAGCGGUUAGGAUGUAUAUUUGUUCCUGCCUACAUGUCAGAAUAUGUUUGUUUUUUUAAACCCCUGUGGUUGUGGACACACUCACAGAAUUAAAUUUCAUAUAUAUAUAGAUAUAUAUAUAGAUAUAUAUAUAUCUAUAUAUAUAUGGCGGUUUUAUGUUCAAAACAGCAUUAAAAUGCUAUUUUACUUUCAGUUUAAUACUUUUUGAUGUUGUGCCUUUUUAUAAUUCAAAGGUUUAUUUAAACUUGAGGUUAUUUAACAUUCUGUCGGUUUUGCUUUCCAUGCUCAAGGUUGAUGGUUUCAUUCCCUUCUAGCCAGGAGGCAGGUUUGAACAAUUUGCUUCUUCUGCACGUCCUCCGACUGACUCUUGUGCCCUUCUUUAUAUUUAUUGCAUCUUGUAAAUAGAAACAAGUGAGUGUGUCUCAACACUGUAGACUGAAUGUAUACUGUACAUAUGUGAAUGUGUCUGAUCAUGUCGACUACACAAAUAAAAAGAAAUAAUCAAUGGAUGAAAAUGA